AUGAAGUGCAAGGGGAACGCCAAGGAAGGCAGGGGUUCCGCAAGGAGCGGAACUCCUGCUCAAUUGGCCGGGCUAACGAGGAAACAAUCUUGCACGCGCACCGCUUACGAGUCAAUCUCCGCGCCCGCCGAGGCCGUGUCCACACUGCGCUAUGGCCGCCUGGAGAGUUUCGCAGCGCUUUUUUCGUCACCGCCGAAACACGCGGUGCGGAAGAAAUGUUCCCGCGAAAAUAGGACGCCGCGCGCGCCGCCCGCAAGUUUCGGCGGGAAUUUAAGUCGCGCCGUGGUGUCGUUG